GCCUCUCUUCUCUUGGUGACGUGAGCCGUGGCCGCCAUUUCGUGUGACAGAGGAGCCGGGAAGAGGCGGCGGAACAAGGAAGCUGGUGAAGGACAGACAUCGAUAAAGACACUACAAUGGGGAACAUGUUUGCAAGUCUGUUUAAAGGCCUCUUUGGCAAAAAAGAGAUGAGAAUACUCAUGGUGGGGUUGGAUGCUGCCGGAAAGACAACCAUCCUGUAUAAGCUGAAGUUGGGUGAGAUAGUGACCACCAUACCCACCAUAGGUUUUAAUGUUGAGACCGUAGAAUACAAGAACAUCAGCUUUACUGUGUGGGACGUUGGCGGUCAGGACAAAAUCCGGCCUCUGUGGCGUCACUAUUUCCAGAACACUCAGGGUCUCAUUUUUGUGGUUGAUAGUAAUGACCGAGAGAGAGUUAAUGAAGCCAGAGAGGAGUUAUCAAGGAUGUUGGCGGAAGAUGAGUUGCGGGACGCUGUACUUCUAGUGUUUGCGAACAAGCAGGAUCUCCCCAAUGCCAUGAAUGCUGCAGAAAUCACAGACAAAUUGGGCCUGCAUUCCCUGCGUCAGAGGAAUUGGUACAUUCAGGCAACCUGCGCGACCAGCGGCGAUGGUCUGUACGAGGGCUUGGACUGGCUGUCCAACCAACUGAAGAACAAGAACUGAUCCCUUUCACAGUGAAACCUUACCCUCUCUCCGCCCCACUUCCACCCAACUCCCAUCCUGUUCAACAUCUUGGCAGAGCUGGCCUGCGCCUCUGCUGCCUCGCAGGCAGGCAUGUCAUUUCUACGCACAUCCGUGUUUAUUAAUGUGUGUGUGCACGCCUGUGCGAGUGGGAGCAGCAAUCUCACACUGUGCCUUAUACGUGCUUCGCAGUAUUAACCCCUUCUGAACACAACACUACCCACCACUUCCAACAGCCUGUGUACAGCUUACCCCCUAACUCCAUUCUCCAACCACUCAAUUAGUAGUGACCGUUAAUGGGCUACUGGGCAACAUCAUAUACUGGUGUGGGCCAAGUCGCCAUUAUCUUUGUAAUGAAACUGGUUAAAGAACUCCAGAAAGAUCCAACAUGGAUGAGUGUUGCGCAUAAUUUUGUAAUCCUGAUCCAUAGAUGUUCACCUGCAUUGAGUCAGUCUGGAAAAGUCUGGCUUCUUUGGGUGUAGUAAACUUUAAAGAAUGAUUUGGCAAGUAGAAGGCUUUUCCGAUUUGCAUUUGAAGCUGCUGGUCUAUGGAUCAGGGAAGCAAUGGUUAGUGCAAUGGUUGGUACAAUUUAUACUAACCUAAACUUGCGUCAUCCUUUUUCCCAUAAUGGAACCUUGUGGAGUUUUUAAAACGGCAAGUUGCUGGCCUUAGAAAGAACUUUGGACCUCCAUGCAUUAUUGGUCUGAAGGAAUGAUGGGGGGAGGUGAUGCAGACAGUUGGUUCAGACCCUCCCGGAAAUGAGGCCUUCUAGUGUAUUUUCCCAUAAUGGGAAAUUUGUAUUGGAAUUGGACCUUUUUUAAUCUGAUUCAAAAAUGAAAGUAAUCCAUAUAAGCCCUUCCUUGCCAUUUAAAACGUGUUGUCUAGUAGCUAAACAGCGACUGUAGUUCAUAAGAUAAUACUGCAUGCAGAAAUAAGAUCAUAGGUGUUUAGGGUUACUUUGUGACUAUAGAUCAUUGUAGUUUCUCAUAAUAGGACAUCUGCAAGUAAACGAAAGGACAGUAGCUAUGAAUGUUUUACUUUGUAUCGCUAAUCAGUAGGGGCUCUGGGUCUCAUUUUAAGCAAAAGGGGCUUAAUAGCAUGUGUUGGCAUAACUUUGUGGAUUGGGUAUGAUGUGUAUUUAAACAUUCUGUAGUCAUUAAUUCAAUUUCAUAACUUUAUUUGCACUCCCUGGACUGGUAUAUGUACUGCAGGUAAAACUAGAUUUAUAUAAGCGUGUGAUCGGAAAAAAAUGUUACCGUGAUCGUCUAAUUGGACUGUGGUGAUCACAUGUUUUAAUUGAAUAUUGCCUGGACUUGAAUUUUUAUGUUCUGAAUCUCCAUGUGCAAUAAAGCUGACCUCGGCAAAAAUUCUACCUUUAUAAAAGUAGCUGUGACGACUUACCUGUACUGCACAUUACUUGUGCCGAGAGUGGUGCUGUGGGAGGGGCCCAGAAGGCCCACCCACUACAGGAUGCCUGCAGAAAACGACAGCAGGGGGCGGAUACAAGACCAGUCAACCCUGCACAAGGAGAGAGAUUGGCAGUGACUGAUCUGCAAUACAGGAAACUCCUACAGAGAGGGAAAGUCAAUGAGAUUUCAUGCUGAAUUACUGCAUUUCAACGAAGUACACAAAGCACAUCACAUUUCAAGUACAGUUGCACAUAUUUCAUGUAUUUAAUAUUUGUUUAGCCAAUAUUUCAACUUUAUAUGGUCACCAUCUGAUCAUUUUUAGUGAUGCUUCUGCUGUAUAAUGUCUGAACUGUAAAAAGCCACACUGGAGUCAUAUGACAUGUAGAGGGGGCGCUUGACUGGAAAGUAAUUAAACCUUUGUGAGACAACAUGCACUGCGUGUUUAUAUCCAUGCUCUUUGUUUCCCCCUUUCCUGAAUACCUCAACCUAUUUGUGGCACUGCGUUUACAUGCACACCUGUUGCAGCUAUUGCAAUUUUUAUUUAUUUGCAGAUAUCUGAAUAGAAUGUGUCCCCCUCCCCCCUCAGUCAUGCAUGCAUGCGACCUUGCCAGUCUGGCUUACAGAGGCUCUUGAGAUGUCUGCUCCCACUCUGAAGUAUAUAUUUUUGGUAUGGCUUAUUCCAUACCUGGAAGGAAGUUUAUACUGUAACCCUACAUAUUCUAAUUUUUACUAACUUCAUCCAUAUAAUAAACCCAACUCAUCA